GCUUGUGUUUUUUUUUAAUAUCAAAUUGUGUUAUUCGAGUUUACAGUCGGAUUAAGCAACCACAAUCCAAAAAUGAAUUAACACGAAACCGGAAAGAAACGCAGUCAUCUUUCAGUUUUGUAUUCAUGCAACGUUUAAACACUUAAGUUCUCCCUCUCUUGCUUGCUUUCCAAUCCCACAAACUAAGAUGAUGCAGGGCACUGCGCUUGCUCUGUCUCCUUCCACCUCAUUUCUCAAACCUCCGUGUCGAAACUCUAUCCCUAAACCCUCUCAACUUUCGGCCUCAACGUCUUUGAUACAACUUGACAAUCUCACUUGUGUCCGUAGGCUCUCAUGGCAAACACUUUUUUACACAUUUUCUUCUUCAUCUUCUUCAUCUUCUUCUUUUCCGAGCUUCAAUAAAAUCUCUGCUUCCUUCCUUUUCUUGAGUGGAAGAUAUGAUAAUUUGAAGGUCAGGGCUGCUCCCGAGAGUGCUGAAGAGGCUUCGAAUCCGAGGGGGAUGGUUAAGACUUUGCAGCUUGGUGCUUUGUUUGGAAUUUGGUACCUUUUGAAUAUUUACUUCAACAUCUACAACAAACAGGUUCUGAAAGUCUAUCCGUUUCCAGCAACGAUGACGGCGUUUCAGUUUGGCUGCGGGACUGUGAUGAUUUCGUUGAUGUGGGCUUUUAACCUCUACCCCAGGCCAAACAUCACUCGCUCACAGCUUGGAGCAAUUGUACCGCUGGCUGUGGCACACACAAUGGGCAACCUAUUGACUAACAUCAGUCUUGGGAAAGUUGCCGUUUCCUUCACUCACACAAUCAAAGCCAUGGAGCCCUUCUUCACGGUCCUGUUCUCUGCCCUCUUACUUGCAGAGGUAGGGAGGCCGACUGUCUGGGUGGUUUCUUCUCUUGUGCCAAUUGUAGGUGGAGUGGCAUUGGCAUCCUUCACCGAGGCCUCUUUUAAUUGGAUUGGUUUCGGCAGCGCAAUGGCCUCUAAUCUUACUAACCAAUGGCGUAAUGUACUCAGCAAGAAGCUCAUGGUUAAGGAGGAAUCUUUGGACAAUAUCAAUCUCUUCUCAGUGAUAACUAUCAUUUCCUUCAUCCUGUUGGUUCCUUCGGCGAUUCUCUUGGAAGGCGUUAAAUUUACUCCUGCAUACCUGCAUUCAGCUGCACGCCAAGGAUUGAAUAUCAGAGAGUUAUGCGUAAGAUCUCUUCUGGCUGGGUUCUGCUUCCAUACUUGUCAGCAGGUGUCUUAUAAGAUACUGGAGAUGGUAUCGCCGGUGACUCACUCAGUGGGGAACUGUGUGAAGCGUGUGGUGGUGAUUGUCUCCUCAGUCAUCUUCUUCCAAACACCCGUCUCACCCAUAAAUUCUCUCGGGACUGGUCUGGCUCUUGUUGGAGUCUUCUUGUAUUCAAGAGCAAAGACAAUAAAGCCAAAGCCCAAUUAAUCUUUGCAUAAAUUAUACAAGUGUAAUGAUUGUAUUAAGGAAUAAAAAAGCAAAACGAAAAUCAUCAACUGUAAAGAUCAUUAGUUCUGUGUCAUCAUCAUCAUGUACCUGUA